AUGAGCGACAUCACGAUGAAAGCCGAUGUAUCACCCGCCAACGACUGGUUGAAACCUUACUGGAGAUGUCUUUGCAGCGCAAUUUUGAAUCUGUUGAGCUUGUCUAGGCUUUUGGUACUACUUGAAGCUCUCGUUCCGCCAGGUGUGCUGUUGCUUUGCGACCAGGUUGUUGAAAAGCUCGCGUUCAACGACCUAGGGUUAAUCAACGCCAACAACGUUUGUACGCCCCUUCCAAAAGCAAAAUCAUAG